UACUUUAGUUGACAAAAUGUGAUAAUUAAACGAACAUAUAUGUUAAUAUAUCUUAUGUGUUUGACUACACUUGGGAUUCGAGAUAAUAUGUAAAGGGAUUAGAAGAAUUCAAAUCAGACGACAUGAUUACCGAGGAAGACGAAUAUUUUCUGAGAGCCUCCAUUUUGCUACUGAAAGGAGGGCGAUUGAUGUCAAAAGAAACUUUGUACAAAGAACUACGAAAGGCCGGGGGAAAUCUUGAUGUACUUCUAAAACAACACGAAAGGAAAUUCAAGCACAAAUUAGUAAAGAAACAGAAGGAGAAAUUGUUUCCAGAUGUUGGAGUAACCGACGUAGAAACAUGGGAUUUAGCCCUGCUUAUAACGGUGUCACUGACGGUUUUUAAACAGUCACUUACCGACGAUGAGAAAAAUUAUUUAAAAUCUAUAAAGUGUAUGAGGGAUGAGAUUUACGCCCAUACUUAUUCUUCGUCGCUUAGUGCCGAUCAAUACGAAGACAUCCGGAAGGAAUUACAUAACGCACUCACUUCACUGUCGAAUGGGUUAAGCUAAAAGACGACUGUUUUAAGAUCAUUCAGGAAUGCACGGCUGGCCCCAUCAGCCCAUCAUUAAAAGCAGAACUUACGAAACAGAUAGAAGAUACAGAACACUCGUUGCAGGCUGUAAUGGACAAAUUGAGAAACCAGGCCGAAUUUCUUUGCGAAAUGAAAAAAGAUAUAAUGGACAAAUUAAACACAAUCAGUGAGACUGAAGACCGAAGUAAAAAGAUUGUAAAAGUGAUGAAUACUGCGGUAAUAUUGAGUGGAGUAAAUGAAAGCAAGGACAUAGACUUUGUUGAAGGAAUCAUCACAACGGUUAUCAAUAAAGCAAUACAGAAAGUCGGAAACGAAAACGAUUAUCCGAGAAUUCGCCACGUUGUUGACAAGAUUCUUCAAGAUAUUGAAAACAUGUCUGAUGUAGAAAUACUACCAGCAGAACACAAAUGUAUCCUUCUUAGCUUUAGAUGUACAACUUAUACAGGUAUAUUAAACCUGCUGACGUAUUUGGAGAGCAGAAGCUUCUUGGAUUCUCUAAAUGAUCUUGCCCUUGCACUGAGUUCCACUCUUCCUUAUGUGAGCGGUCAGUUUAGACUUGAUACGAAUGUUACACAAGAAUGUAUGAAGGGCCUGCUAUAUGAACUAAGUGGAAAAUCUGCAGAAGUGGCACAGGCACCUAUUGAAGGAAAUGCCACUUCUCCUCAAAGACAUCAGAGCAAAUCAGUUGAAGGUAACUUUGCUGUUUAAUGUUUUUUGACUGCUGUACGUAUUCCAAACUAUUGUUUUAUUUCAGCAGUUUCUUUAAUAUUUUUAAAUGUUACUGAA